UGUUACUUAUUUGGCUAGAGGUGGAUUUAGUGACGUUCAUUAUGCUGUUUGGGUAGAAGGUCCUGAACGAAAAUUGGUUCAUGAUAAAGAUGGUAAAUGGAAUGUGCAAGCAAAAACACCAGUUGCUUUGAAAUGUUUACAUAAUUUAAAAGCACAUUAUAAAUGUAGAAAUGGAAGUGUGCUUCGAUGUUAUGGCAUAACAUAUAAUAAAAAUACGAAAAAUUAUAUGUUGGUCAUGAAAUAUGCAAAUGGAGGGGAUCUUCGCCAUUAUCUAAGUCAUAAUGAUUCCAUAUUAACAUGGGGACAAAAGUUAUUAAUGCUCAAAGAAAUUGCUCUGGGUUUAGAAGAGAUUCAUUCAAUGAAAUUAAUACAUCGAGAUCUUCAUAGUGGAAAUAUACUUCAAAAUAUAACCAAAUCUGAUGGAAUCAUAAAAACUUUCGUGACUGACUUAGGAUUAUGUCGACCUGUAGAUCAAACAUUGAAAAAUAUAUCCAAGAAACGUGACGUUUAUGGUGUGAUGCCAUAUAUUGCACCGGAAAUAUUACGUAGGACUCACGAUUACAGCGAAGCUUCUGAUAUUUACAGUUUUGGAAUGAUUAUGUGGGAGAUAUUACAUGGAAAACCUCCUUUCUAUAAUAUUCCACAUGAUGUGAAUUUAGCCAUUAAAAUUUGUGAGGGGCUUAGACCUAAAAUAGGAAAGAAGAGAGUACCAAGAUGGUAUAUUGGUUUGAUGAUUGAAUGUUGGAACAAGGAUCCUUUAAGAAGACCUGAUAUUAUUGAAGUUAGAAAAAUUAUCGCGAACAACUAUUUAAAUGAAAAACAUGGUAUUACGAAUUUACCAUAUAAAGUUAGGAAAGUGAAACGAUUAAGUCAAAUUACUUCACAUCCUGAAGCUGUAUUCACAAGUAGAUUAUUGAAUUACUCAAAUUUACCUCAACCACUUGAUGCUCCAGACAUUUCAGAAUAUUCUAGCUAUUAUUCUUCAAGUGAUGAAGAACAAGAUGAAGAGGAAAAUAAAAUUGAAGAAAAUGAAGAAAAUGAAGAAUCUAAUUAUGUUACAAGAGCAUUUGAUGAAACUCUUUCGUUUGGAGGCGUCCCAAAGGUUUCGUCCAAGAAACAAAUAUCUUCUGAACCGUCCGACGUGUAAAAGUCCGAAAUAGUGUAAUUAGUCCGAGUGCUAUUCGAUGUACAACAAUAAUUGGCUUAUGUUUCAAUUUCCUAGUUAUUUGUAAUUUAGAUUAUUUAGAUUAUAUCAUUAUUUUUUAAAAAAAUUGUAUAUUAGAAUAUAUCCAUUUUUUAUCUAAUUAUUAUCCCAAAAACUGAAAAAAAUAAAAAAA